AUGAAAAUGCAACCUUAUCUAAAUUCAAUAACCCGCACGUCAUCAACGACGACGGACGUCUCGGGAGCUGGAGACAUCGAGGGUGCCGUUGGUGAUAUGAGCCGUUUGACAUCGCUUCUCGCCGAAUCGCAAACCCAGGAGCUUCAUUUUCCGACUCGCCUUCUUCCUCCUUCCAGCCUCCUCCCCUGUUGCGACCAACACGCUAAAACAAUGCUUGCACUCAGACCCCGAAUCACGGCUGUGUAUGCCUCUGCACCGACUGUCCAAGACCCUCGAGCGUGGUUUUGCCCUGCUCGAAGAUCAAACGAAUCGAAUGCUGGCGACUGGCGUGGAGCGUCAGCAACUCUGAAAGGGACGGGCAAGAAGGGCGAUAUAUACCGCAAAUUCCAAGAAGCCGCGACAGAGCAGCUCGCCGCUCAGCAUUUAACGCUCUUCACUCUUAGCGACAACGCAACGACAAGCAGACUUUCAUUUGAAAAACGGCUGGAUACAGCGGACCCAUACCUCGUCCCCUCAUCCUCCUCAUUCCUUUUUAUCUCUGCUCCACCACAAUCUUCUUGCGGAACACUGCUGAGUUGGAAGUUGACUUCUGCCCUCGAGACGGAGUACCAAGACCAUCUUUUGCUGAGCUGGGAGACGUUAUUGGGCUGGAAUGAGCCACUUUGGCACGACGGAGAUCUUCUCGCCGGAGAAACUGGUCUCAGACCCGGUAACGAGCUAGGAGUCAGGCUUUUCUAG